AAUAAAAAAAACUUCACCAAAUAUAUGCCAGAAAUUUUUCUAAAAAGAUCAACACUUCCCCAAAUCUGCACCUCCUCUCAUCUAUAUUUCCAUCUUCGUCUUCGUUAUUUAUAACCCAAAAUCUAUCUAACAGUUUUGUCUCUCUAUUUAAUAUAUUUCCGUCUCCUCUCCAAAGUGUUGCUUCAGAGGUACAAAGUUCCAACAUUUAAAUCGCCGUUGUUGGGAGAUCUGAAAGGCUUGUUCUUUUUUUUGUGUGGAUCGAUUCCAUCAUCAACAUCAUAGUCCGAUCAUCGUUCCUUUUGUAAAGGUUUAUCUCUAAUCGUUUCAGGUUAGGUAAACGGUUUAUAAAAAAGAAAAAGAUUUUUCUUACUCUUUUGUAUGGAGUAAGAAAUGCCAGAGUUAAGAAGUGGAGCACGUAGAUUGAGACAACCUAGACCUCAGGUGAUUGAUCAGGCAGAAAAUAUCGAGCUUCCUCCUCCUCCUCAGACUACAACAAGGAGAAGAGGUGGUGGUGGUGUUGGUAGAGGAAGAGGAACCGCUGCAGCUUUAGCCAAAGCCGCCGCACCUCCAAGACCGACCGGUGCUGCUGGUAGGGGUCGAGGCAUCAGGUUGAUAGAUUUAGAAGCAGAGCCUAUAGGUGAACCUGCUUUUAAUCAAGUCGAAGGGGGAGCUGAUAAGGGUAUCGCCAUGGAAGGUGGUAGUCCAGAGAAGAUAGUUGGUGCGGAAGAAGAUCCAAGCACAGCUCCAGUCCCUGAAAGGGUACAAGUUGGAAGCUCUCCUGUUUACAAGACUGAGAGGAAACUCGGUAAAGGAGGCUUUGGUCAAGUUUUUGUUGGUAGAAGGGUGAGUGGUGGCAGUGAUAGGAUUGGGCCAGAUGCAAUUGAGGUGGCUUUGAAAUUUGAGCACAAAAAUAGCAAAGGAUGCAAUUUUGGCCCACCUUAUGAGUGGCAAGUGUACAGUAAUCUCAACGGUUGCUAUGGAGUUCCUGCUGUACAUUACAAGGGUCGUCAAGGAGAUUUUUACAUCCUUGUCAUGGACAUGCUUGGUCCAAGUCUCUGGGAUGUUUGGAAUUCUUCAGGGCAAUCGAUGUCACCAAACAUGGUAGCGUGCAUUGCAGUUGAGUCCAUAUCUAUUCUUGAGAAACUUCAUAUGAAAGGGUUUGUCCAUGGAGAUGUGAAGCCUGAAAACUUUUUACUCGGUCAACCCGGAACAGCAGAUGAGAAAAAACUCUACCUCAUCGAUCUUGGUCUAGCAUCAAAAUGGAAAGAUUCUCAUUCAGGCCAGCAUGUUGAAUAUGAUCAAAGACCUGAUGUGUUCAGGGGGACUGUAAGGUAUGCAAGUGUUCAUGCACAUCUAGGACGUACUGGAAGUCGUAGAGAUGAUCUGGAGUCAUUGGCUUAUACUCUAAUCUUUCUCUUGAAGGGAAGAUUACCAUGGCAAGGUUAUCAGGGUGAUAACAAGAGCUUUCUUGUUUGCAAGAAAAAGAUGUCAACUUCUCCUGAACUCAUGUGCUGUUUCUGUCCACCACCGUUUAAGCUAUUCCUUGAGGCAGUUACUAAUCUGAAGUUCGACGAGGAGCCCAACUAUGCAAAGCUUAUUUCGAUUUUCGAUACUCUAAUUGAGCCAUGCGCUUUAUCUAGACCAGUUAGAAUCGAUGGUGCUCUUAAGGUUGGACAAAAACGAGGAAGACUGCUUCUUAAUUUGGAAGAGGAUGAACAGCCGAAGAAGAAAAUCAGAAUAGGCACUCCUGCCACUCAGUGGAUUUCAGUUUAUAACGCUCGUCGUCCCAUGAAACAGAGAUAUCACUACAAUGUUGCAGAAACAAGACUGAGCCAGCAUGUACAGAAAGGGAAUGAAGAUGGUCUUCUGAUUAGCUGCGUAGCAUCAGCAGCGAAUCUCUGGGCCCUCAUUAUGGAUGCUGGAACUGGAUUUACCUCUCAAGUUUAUGAAUUGUCAAAGGUCUUCCUGCACAAGGACUGGAUUAUGGAACAGUGGGAAAAGAACUACUAUAUAAGUUCCAUAGCUGGUGCAGAUAACGGGAGCUCUUUAGUUGUUAUGUCAAAAGGAACAUCUUAUACACAGCAGUCAUACAAAGUGAGCGACUCGUUUCCAUUCAAGUGGAUAAACAAGAAAUGGAAAGAAGAUUUUCAUGUAACGUCGAUGACAACUUCUGGUAACCGUUGGGGUGUGGUGAUGUCGAGGAACGCUGGCUUCUCUGAUCAGGUAGUGGAGCUUGACUUUUUGUACCCGAGCGAUGGAAUACAUAGGAGGUGGGAGAGUGGGUAUAGAAUCACAUCGAUGGCGGCAACUGCGGAUCAAGCGGCUUUCGUAUUAAGCAUACCGAAACGUAAAAUGAUGGACGAAACUCAGGAGACUCUUCGCACCACCGCCUUUCCAAGUACUCAUGUCAAGGAAAAAUGGGCGAAGAAUCUGUACAUUGCAUCGGUAUGCUAUGGGAGGACAGUGUGCUGAUGUGACACUAAGCAUCUUAUGUUCUGUUAGAAAGGGCCAAGGAGAAUUGGAUCUGCUUAAGGGUAGGUCGUGUCAUAAUACCACCAAUCAAAAGAGGUAAAACCAGACGCAGCCUGUUUUGGCUGGUUAAAUGUAAUGAAAAUAGAUGUGUCUUUGGUAAUGUUGUAACAAGUUACAAAAGAGAAGAUGGAGUUAGUAAUAGAGAAAAAGAUUUGAGGGCUUUUGGAAGAGCCUUCCAA